AUUCAACUAAUCAUUAAAUUUUUUUAUUGAAUGAAUUCAAAGAUUUUUAACUGCACUGUAUGCAUGGCUGCACUGCACUGUAUGCAUGGCUGCACAUAACAAAAUACUGAGAGAGCGUCGCCGAUAACACAGAGUUAGGAUAUAUCACUAUAGUUCCUCAAGAUUUGUCGCCCUUUUAUUUGCAUACACCAUUUAUACUGCAAAAAAAGGAACUUUUAGUUAUCAUAUUAUUUGUCUGAUUUAAUUGUUCGAGGAAUGGAUAGUUUACAAAAUAUUCCAAAUGAUAUAGAAACAGUGCAAGAAAAUAGCGAUAUAACACAUUCUGAUGAAGUUCAAGCCAUGACUGUUGAAAAAUGUGAUAUUGAAGAACCUACAUACGGUUUCACGGAAAAGUCAUGGAGAACGGAUUUUAUUUUGCUUGUUGAAGGAAAACGCUUGUAUGUAAAUAAGGCUAUCUUAUCUCUUGCGUCGCCUGUCUUUGAUACGAUGUUCCAAUCCGACUUCAAGGAAAGUCAGUGCGAAGAGUUAGAGUUGCCUUGGAAACGGUACCGUGACGUGAUAGAAUUUCUUCGGUGUGUAUAUCCGAAUAACGUACCAACAAAUAUCACUAUGGAAUGUGCUGUGACUAUUUUACCCCUUAUCGAAGAAUAUCAAGUUCUUCAGUUAAAACCAAGAUGUGAGCAAGCCAUUAUUGAGAAUAUAGGCGACGAAAUACAAAUUGAAAAAAUAUUCGAUUUGCUGCAUAUAGCAUGUCUUUACAACCUCGUUAACCUGCGUAAACGUUGCGUGAAAAUAACAUGCACAAAAUCUGAAAAAGAAAUUUAUAAGGCUUUGGAAAAUUGUCAACCUCCAGCGGAAGCGGCAAAAGAAAUCCUGGAAGAAUUGAAUAAGAAAUUGAUGGAAACUGUGAAUAAACAAAAACUGUUAAUUGAUGAUAUAUCAAGAGAAGCAUCUGAGAAUACUAAAACUCUUAAAGCUGAGAAUACCGAGCAGGAAAGACAACUGGUUAUCUUGAAACAAUAUCUGUCCGGGGAUGUGAAAACGAAUAAAACAAUCACACUUGGAAAUGAAAGCCAAUGGAGGGAAUGUACAGGUAUAUUUGACGUUGAUACAGAAAAAGAAAAUAUAAGGACGGAAAGCCAAGUUACUGUUUGGAAUGUUCCUCUUGUAGUUGUCGUUUCAGAAAAAUCAACAGCUAAAAACGAAUCCUAUCUUAGAAUUGAGAUAACCUGUACAUAUAAAAAGGUUGUGUGUUCAUUUAAAGGGCGUGUUGUCGUUGUAAAUAGACAACCUAAAGGAGAGAACCAUACAAUGUUCAUGAGUGGAUCAUUUCCAUCACUAUCAUAUACAUCUUCAAGCCGUCGAUUUAGUCAGGAAAUAAUAAAAAUGUAUAGGAUAAAGGAAAUUGCAAAUGGAUUUUUGAGUAACGGUCGUAUCGGGUUGAUAGUUCAGAUUUUCAUGACGGAACCAAACAGGGGUUGACAAACUAGUGAUUUCGUUAAACAUUUUUUAGUAUUUAAUAUAUGUUAAGAAGAAAAUUUUCUGUCUAGUACGUCACCUUUAAAGCUAUAUAUUUGCUAUCAGUUGAUUGUAAGGUUCUUGCUUAUAUUGUGAUUAAAAUGAUUACAUGAUA